CGUCGCUCGAAUCGCGCGCGGCCUUCUUGGACAGGGGGCGUGUACGCGCGCGCGCGCGGGGGGCCUCGUUUUUAACUCCGUGAAUUUCCGACGCAGUUUAAACUUUAGGAGUAUCUCUUGAUUUCUUGUUGUUGUUGUCGUCGUCGUCGUAUAUUCGUGUGAAGAAUUCGGAAGAAAAAAAUCGCCACGACUUGCGUUUGAAAGUUUCCUGCCAAACCGAGGCUCUGGGUAGGUGCGUGCGAGUGUUGCAUCGGCUAGGCCUCUCCAUUCAACGGAACGCAUCGCGACAACACCGCGGCGUUCGCGAUAAAGGGGGUCAUCCGUUUAAUUGCUUUUGAGUUGUAGGAUUUCAAGUUUCCUUUUGAAGACUGAACGCCCCACAACUGCCAUGGCCACGCAAGCCGUGGCACCAAAGAAGGCGCUUGCGCCAACGGUGGCGCAGAUCAAUGCGGAGUACAUCACCCAGCUCUCAAACCAGUACUGGGCACCACACAUCAAAAAGAAAUUACCCUUCAACCCAAAGGUAAUCGAAGACAUUUAUGAGAGAGAAAUGUUGAAGACAAAGUUUGCCAUCAGAAAAAUCAUGCUCUUGGAGUUCAGCCAGUACCUGGAGAACUAUCUGUGGCCAAACUACACGGCGCAGACGAGCAGCAAGGCGCAUCUGCUGUCCAUCUGCUGCAUGCUCAACGAGAAGUUCCGCGAGAACGUGUCGGCGUGGGAGGCCUUCAAGUUGCGCCCGCAGCACGUGCCAGCGUUCUUCCAACGCCUGCUGGCCACCUCGCUGUCGGAGGAGGGCUCGGCGGUGACGCUGCGGGAGCAGACGCUGCUGCUCGUCUUCCUCGACCACUGCUUCAACAGCCUGGAGGUGGACGUGAUUCGCGAGCAGGUGCAGCGUCUCAUCUCCCUGCCUACCUGGGUGUGCCUGCUGCCGUCUCGUCUGGAGCAAGAGCUCAGGAAGACGCCCAAGCUGAAGAAGUUCUGGAAUCUGAUCAAAAAGAGCGACGAAAAGUUGGAGCCAAAAGCAAAGGAGCAGGCUGAUUAUGAGCGCCGGUUCCUUUCAAGGCUCAUCCAGAAGUUUGUUUCCGUCCUCAACUCUAUUCCUGCAAAAGGGGAUGUGAGUGCUGACAAGGUGCAUUACUGCGAGCGUUUCAUUGAGCUGAUGAUCGACUUGGAGGCCCUGCUGCCCACACGCCGCUGGUUCAACACGCUGCUGGACGACUCACACCUGGUGGUGCUUAGCCACCUGUCCGAACUGGCGCAGCGCCCCAAGGAAGGGAAGCUGUUUAUACAGCUGUUGGAGAUGCUGCAGUUUUACUCUGGCUUUGAGAUCAAUGACCAGUCCGGAAAUGCCCUGACCGACCAUGACAUGACCAACAUGCACUACGACCGCCUCACCUCUCUACAGCGCGUCGCGUUCGCCAACUUCCCGGAGCUGCGCGACUUUGCGCUGUCCAACGUUGCCUCCAUCGACACGAGGGACUCCCUGCUGAAGCACUUCGGAGAGCUCUCCACGGAGCUUCUGCACCGGAUGGCGGCGCGGCUCAACUUACUGCCGCCUCUGUCGGAUGGAGAGAGCAGCUCCUACAGAAAGGAGUUCCUCGUUGAGAUGAUGGUCUCGCGUCACGAACGCCGCAUCUCACAGAUCCAGGCGCUCAACGAGAUGCCCCUCUACCCCACGGAGAAGAUAAUCUGGAACGAGAACAUCGUGCCCACCGAGUACUUCUCGGGCGACGGUUGCCUGGCGCUGCCCAAGCUGAACCUGCAGUUCCUGACGCUGCACGAUUACCUCCUGCGGAACUUCAACCUCUUCCGGCUCGAGUCGACGUACGAGAUCCGGCAGGACGUGGAGGAUGCCGUCAGCCGCAUGAAGCCCUGGCGUGUGGAGGAUGGCAGCACGAUAUUUGGCGGCUGGGCGCGCAUGGCUCAGACCAUCGGGGCCUUCUCCGUGGUGGAGGUGGCCAAGCCACACAUCGGCGAGAACCACCCGUCGCGCGUGCGAGCCGACAUCACGCUGCAUCUUAACAUGCGGCAGCACAUCAAGGCCGAGUGGGAGGGCCUGCGCAAGCACGACGUGUGCUUCCUGGUGACGGUGCGCGGCACGCAGCCCUGGGGCACGCGCUACACCCCGGCGCGGCCCUUCCUGGAGCAGCUGGACCUGGCGUGCGUGCGCGGCUGCGAGGUGCAGGGCCUGCUGGAUGACAAGGGUCGCGUCAUUGAGGACGGUCCCGAGCCUCGGCCACAACUCAAGGGAGACACGCGCACGAUCCGCGUGUGGCUCGACCCCAACCAGUACCAGCAGGACGUGGCGGCCGUGAUCCAGCACCACGCCGAUGACGUCUACGAGAACUUCAACCUCCUGCUCCGCCGCAAGCCCAAGGAGAACAACUUCAAGGCCGUGCUGGAGACGAUCCGUGACCUCAUGAACACGGAGUGCGUAGUGCCCGACUGGCUGCACGACAUCAUCCUGGGCUACGGCGACCCGGGCAGCGCCCACUACUCGAAGAUGCCCAACCAGAUCCGCACGCUCAACUUCAACGACACCUUCCUCAGCAUGGAACACCUGAAGGCCGGCUUCCCCAGCCACACCGUGCGCGUCGUCGGCGACCACCCGCCACCGCACAAACCGCCCUUCAGGAUCACCUUCCCGCAGAAGAAGGAUGGCAAUAAGAGGAGGGCGGGCAACGCGGGAGAAACCGCCUCCGGUGGAGAGGACAGCCUCACGCUGCUUGUGGAGCCCUACGUGCCGCCAAACCCGGGGCCGUACCCCUACAACCAGCCCAAGCGGAACACGAUUCAGUUCACCCCGACGCAAAUUGAGGCCAUCCGUGCAGGCAUGCAGCCUGGGCUCACCAUGGUGGUGGGGCCCCCGGGUACAGGCAAGACGGAUGUGGCUGUGCAAAUCAUCUCAAACCUCUACCACAACUUUCCCGAGCAGCGAACGCUCAUCGUUACGCACUCCAAUCAGGCCCUGAACCAACUCUUCGAGAAGAUCAUGCAGCUUGACAUUGACGAGAGGCACCUCCUGCGUAUGGGGCACGGCGAGGAGGAGCUGGAGACUGAGAAGGACUUCAGCAGGUACGGCCGUGUGAACUACAUACUGGCGCGGAGGCUGGAGCUGCUGCACGAGGUCGGGCGCCUGCAGGAGAGUCUGGGCGUCCCAGGAGACGUCUCCUACACGUGCGAGACUGCCGGACACUUCUUCCUCUACCAGGUGAUGUCGCGCUGGGAGGAGUUUCAGAGCAAGGUGCGCCCGGCCAGCGGUGGCGGUGGCGACAAAGGUGGCAUGGCCGAAGCGGCCGCCGCCAUCGCCGCCCACUUCCCGUUCGAUCGCUACUUCGCCAACGCCCCCCAGCCGCUCUUCCACGGCCGCUCGUACAAGGAGGACCUGGAAAUCGCCGAGGGAUGCUUCCGCCACCUGCGCAAGAUUUUCACGCAGCUGGAGGAGUUCCGGGCGUUUGAGCUGCUGCGCAGCGGCCUCGACCGCUCCAAGUACCUCCUGGUGAAGGAGGCAAAGGUCAUCGCCAUGACCUGCACGCACGCCGCCCUCAAGCGCCACGACCUCGUGCAGCUCGGCUUCAAGUAUGACAACAUCCUCAUGGAAGAGGCGGCACAGAUCUUGGAAAUUGAGACAUUCAUCCCCCUGCUCCUGCAGAACCCUCAGGACGGAUUCAGCCGCCUCAAGCGCUGGAUCAUGAUCGGCGACCACCACCAGCUGCCGCCCGUCAUCAAAAACAUGGCCUUCCAGAAGUACUCGAACAUGGAGCAGUCGCUCUUCACGCGCUUCGUGCGCCUCGGCGUGCCCACCGUGGACCUGGACGCCCAGGGCAGAGCGCGCUCCAGCCUGUGCAACCUGUACAACUGGCGCUACAAGCGGCUGGGAAAUCUGCCUCACGUGCAGCUGCUGCCCGAGUUCCGUUUCGCCAACGCGGGCCUCUGCUACGACUUCCAGCUCGUCAAUGUCGAGGACUUCAACGGCGUGGGCGAGUCCGAGCCCAACCCGUACUUCUACCAGAACCUGGCGGAGGCAGAGUACGCGGUGGCGCUCUUCAUGUACAUGCGCCUGCUCGGGUACCCGGCCGACAGGAUCAGCAUCCUCACAACGUACAAUGGGCAGAAGCACCUGAUCCGUGACGUCGUCAACCAGCGCUGUGGAGAGAACCCACUCUUCGGCUGCCCCAGCAAGGUGACGACCGUGGACAGAUUCCAGGGUCAGCAGAACGACUACAUCAUUCUUUCUUUGGUCAGGACCAAAGCAGUGGGUCACCUGAGGGAUGUGCGCCGUCUGGUGGUGGCGAUGUCGCGUGCCCGCCUCGGCCUCUACGUCUUCGCCCGGGCGUCGCUCUUCCGCAACUGCUUCGAGCUGACGCCGGCCUUCGACCAGCUCACGGCACGGCCGCUCCAGCUGCACCUGUACCCGGACGAGAGCUGCCCGACUCAGCGGCCGAACGGCGAGGCGGCACGCUGUCCGCCGCUCAUAGUCAAGGACAUGCCGGAGAUGGCCACCUUCGUGUACAACAUGUACUUCCGGGUCCUGCAGCACUACCAGCAAUACUACCAGCCUCUCGCUCAGCCACCCAGGUCCAGGGUCCAAGCCCAGCCUCCUGUACAGCAAGCGAAGGAAGACACCGCCAAGGAUGGAUCGGACGGGGAAGCCACGGGAACCACCGAUGCCAUGGAAACUGACUCCGCAGCAGCUUUAACCACGGAAACGCCCAGCGCUGUUUCCGGGGAUGUAGAACCCAUGGAUACGAGUGAGGCGGCUGCCACGGAUAGUAAAGAGGAUGGUGACGGUGAUGGUGAUAAGGAGGAGAAGCAUAAGAAGAUGCCGGAACAUCCGGGGAGGGACAGCGACAGCGAUGGCAGCGAGGACGAGGCGGAUGAAACCGCAGUUGCCAAAGAGGCGGUUGUGAAGGCAAAAGGUGCUGAUGGAGCCGUUACUAAAGACGCGGUUGCCGAGGUAACGGAUGGCAAGGAAAUAGUGAAGAAGGCAGAGAAGGCAAUUUCUACUGAGACAACACUUUUCAAGGAAGCGGUUGCUGAGUCAGCAGCCGCCAAAGAAGCCGUUGCUGAGACAACUGCUUCCAAGGAAUCUGUUACCGAGGCAGCAGCUGUCAAGGAAUGUAUCGCUGAGACGGUUGCUAAGGAAGCCGUAGCUGAGACAACAGACGCCAAGGAAGAUGUCGCCGCGACAAAGGUUGCCAAGCGAGAUGUCACUGAGACAACAGUUGUCAAGGAAUCCGUUGCCGAGGAUGCAAUUGCCAUGGCAGUCGUUGCUAAAGAAGCUGUUGCCGGGGAAGCCAUCGUCACGGAUACAGAGACCAUGGAUACGGCGGAGGGGCUGGUGGAGAGGCGGGGGGACCAAGAGGGCGAAUCUGUGGAGGCACAAGAGGGGACAGGGCAGCAGGAGAGCUAAGUGUGGGUGGGAGAGGGAUGAGAAGGGAAACGAGCAGGAGGGGUUGAACUUCUUUCACACCGUACGGAGCCAACCACGCGAAUCAGAGGUGCGGGGGAAGGACAACAAACUAAACACAAAAAGAAGUUCUAAAGAAAUUCGUUUUCAAACUAGAUUUAAAAGUGCACAGUUCCCAUUACCUUCCUAAUAUCGGAAGGAAGAGCACUCCACAGACGGCUGCGGAACGCUUCUGAAAGCAUGCGAUGCAGUGACCGUCUUUGUCCGAUGGCCAGCCAAAAGCCGUUGCGAGUGAGCGGAGUUUGCGUGAUGGUUUAUGCUCCUUGACGAGAUGAGCAAGGUAGUGAGUGCAUCUGUCGCCUUCCAAAGAGUCAUUUGACAUUUCAGACAACACUUGCUCAUUUGUGCUGCGCUCCAUGCUCAAAUGGGCAAUGUUUGUCUGCUUUGGUGGCCCUGGACUCGAAAUUCCAUGUUCCCAUGGUAUAGAAGGAUAGUCUCCUCAUAAGUGAAAUACUCUUUACUUCCCUCAAAGUGGUACUCAUUUAUUAAACUUGGAGAGAUGAUGGGCUGGAUCGAUUGGAGACCUCCUGCAAGGUGUUAUCACAGCUCUUAAUCAUGGUGCCAACCAGGUCAAAGGGUAAUCCAGGGAGUAUGAGGCAGGGUCGGUGGCUUGAAGAGUGACGAAUGUGUACGGUGUGUGAAACGCUGGCCAGCUGGGGAGUGAGGUUUUUGCUCAAAGAUAUUCAUCGACAAGAAAUAAAACAAUAUAUAAGCUUUACAAAGGCAAUGUUUUCGGCAAAUGGACAUUUUCAUUGCACACCUUCAUUGUGUCAUGAAGAAGCCCCAUUUGCCCAGCACAUCACCUGCUUAUAUAUUUUUUCUUUUCACGACUAUUGGUGUUAUUGGCGGAUGCGGUGAGUUUUUUUGUAAUCGUUCUUGUGCAGCACUGCCAACGCAGCAUCACCAAAUCACCUGCAAGAAGUUGCGGCAAGCUUUCUGAUGGGUUGAGGCAUACGGCGGGAUCUGACCGCUGUCGCCUCGUGCGCGCGUGUGGGUUUUCUCUGCGCACAGAAAGAACCGAACGAUCAUUUUAAAAUCUGCAAAGUAAGGAUUCUCUUGUAAAAGUGAGGAUUCUCUGGAUAAAUGGACCCUGCUGUUUGUUAUGAACUAAAACCGGUAAAAUACAAUAUCUUUGUUCAGUUUUUCAUUUGUAAUUCCGUUUAACGUGAACAGAUCAGGCCUCAUAACAGCUGAAUUGAGACGUUCAUGUAACAUUUGUGGUACAGGAUUGCACACCUUUCUUCAUUGUAAAGUACAACAAAAAUGAUAGUGCACGAACAGCUGCACUUGAGUAGAAGGUUUGUUAAGCAGGCAUAUAGGGUGCACAUUUACCAUGAGCCCACUCAUUUUGAUGCUGCUCAAUGUUGUACCCUGUUAAUAAUUCGGCUUGUCAUGAAAGUCAAAUGAGUUGUCGUUAUCUUCACGUGCUUAACUUUUGUAGUAAAUGAUUUUUACAUUGUAAGAACAAA